CGGGGCCCGUUGUCUGUGUGGGGCUGAGGAGCCCCGGGGGCGACAGGGGCUCCCGGCGGGGGCGGCGGUGGGUCGGGAGGGCCUGGACAUGGCGCUGAGGGGCCGCCCCGCGGGAAGAUGAAUAAGGGCUGGCUGGAGCUAGAGAGCGACCCGGGCCUCUUCACCCUCCUGGUGGAAGAUUUCGGUGUCAAAGGAGUGCAGGUAGAGGAGAUCUAUGACCUUCAGAGCAAAUGUCAGGGCCCCGUAUAUGGGUUCAUCUUCCUGUUCAAAUGGAUCGAAGAGCGCCGGUCCCGCCGCAAGGUCUCUACUUUGGUGGAUGAUACGUCUGUGAUUGACGACGAAAUUGUGAAUAACAUGUUCUUUGCUCACCAGCUGAUCCCCAACUCUUGUGCUACUCAUGCUCUGCUGAGUGUGCUCCUGAACUGCAGCAAUGUGGACCUGGGGCCCACCCUGAGUCGCAUGAAGGACUUCACCAAAGGCUUCAGCCCUGAGAGCAAAGGAUAUGCAAUUGGCAAUGCCCCGGAGUUGGCCAAGGCACAUAAUAGCCAUGCCAGGCCUGAGCCACGCCACCUCCCUGAGAAGCAGAACGGCCUUAGUGCGGUGCGGACCAUGGAGGCGUUCCACUUUGUCAGCUAUGUGCCGAUCACAGGUCGGCUCUUUGAGCUGGACGGGCUGAAGGUCUACCCCAUUGACCAUGGGCCCUGGGGGGAGGAUGAGGAGUGGACAGACAAGGCCCGGCGGGUCAUCAUGGAGCGGAUUGGCCUCGCCACUGCAGGGGAGCCCUACCAUGACAUCCGCUUCAACCUGAUGGCGGUGGUGCCUGAUCGCAGGAUCAAAUAUGAGGCCAGGCUUCAUGUUCUGAAGGUGAACCGUCAAACAGUGCUGGAGGCCCUGCAGCAGCUGAUUAGGGUAACACAGCCAGAGCUGAUUCAGACCCAUAAGUCUCAGGAGUCUCAGCUGCCUGAGGAGUCCAAGCCAGCCAGCAGCAAGUCCCCCCCAGUGCUGGAGGCAAGCAGGGCCCCAGCGGCCUCCGAGGGUACCCACACAGAUGGUGCAGAGGAGGUGGCUGGUUCCUGCCCACCUGCCCCGACCCACAGCCCUCCCAGCAAACCCAAGCUGGUGGUGAAGCCUCCAGGAAGCAACCUCAAUGGGGUUCCCCCCAACCCUACCCCCAUCGUCCAGCGGCUGCCAGCCUUUCUGGACAAUCACAACUAUGCCAAGUCCCCCAUGCAGGAAGAGGAAGACCUGGCAGCAGGCGUAGGCCGCAGCAGAGUCCCAGUCCGGCCGCCCCAGCAGUACUCAGAUGAUGAGGAUGACUAUGAGGAUGAUGAGGAGGAUGACAUGCAGAAUGCCAGCUCCGCCAUUAGAUACAAGCGGAAGGGACCAGGGAAGCCAGGGCCCUUGAGUGGCUCCGCGGAUGGGCAACUGUCAGUGCUGCAGCCCAACACUAUCAAUGUCCUGGCUGAGAAGCUCAAAGAGUCCCAAAAAGACCUUUCGAUCCCUCUGUCUAUCAAGACGAGCAGCGGGGCUGGCAGUCCGGCCGUGGCAGUGGCCACGCACUCGCAGCCCUCGCCCACGCCCAGCAAUGAGAGCACGGACACAGCCUCCGAGAUCGGCAGUGCCUUCAACUCGCCCCUGCGCUCGCCCAUCCGCUCGGCCAACCCGACGCGGCCUUCCAGCCCUGUCACCUCCCACAUCUCCAAGGUGCUUUUUGGCGAGGAUGACAGCCUGUUGCGUGUUGACUGCAUACGCUACAACCGUGCUGUACGUGACCUGGGUCCUGUCAUCAGCACAGGCCUGCUGCACCUGGCUGAGGACGGUGUGCUGAGCCCCCUGGCACUGACAGAAGGUGGGAAGGGCUCCUCACCCUCCAUCAGACUGAGCCAAAGCAGUCAGGGGUCCAGCAGCCCAGAGGAGAAGGAGGUGGCGGAAGCAGCAGACAGCAGAGAGAAGACUGGGCUGGUCAGGCCCGGUGAGCCCUUAAGUGGGGAGAAGUACUCACCCAAGGAGUUGCUGGCACUGCUGAAGUGUGUGGAGGCUGAGAUUGCAAACUAUGAGGCCUGCCUCAAGGAAGAAGUGGAAAAGAGGAAGAAAUUCAAGAUUGAUGACCAGAGAAGGACCCACAACUAUGAUGAGUUCAUCUGCACCUUCAUCUCCAUGCUGGCUCAGGAAGGCAUGCUGGCCAACCUGGUGGAGCAGAACAUCUCAGUGCGGCGACGCCAAGGGGUCAGCAUUGGCCGGCUCCACAAGCAGAGGAAGCCUGACAGGCGGAAACGCUCACGCCCCUACAAGGCCAAGCGCCAGUGAGGACCGCUGGCCCUGACUCUGCAGCCUGCUCUUGCCGCGUGGCCCUCACUAGGGCCCCUUCCUUGCCCCACUUCCCUUCUCCCAGUAUUACUACAUAGUUCCAAGCAGAGAGCCCAGGCCCUGGGAACGGGAGCUAGGCCAGGAUUCUUGGUGUUGUGCCCUAGGGCCUGGCAGGGCAGGGCAGCCCCAUAGUGCUCAGGAAGCAGCAGCUGGCGCUGGGGCUGCGAGAUGUUGCGGCUUCCUCCACAGCCGGCUGUGGAGUGGCAGAUCCUGGCCCUCCCGCCUUGGGCAGCAGAAUAUAUAUUUUAUCUAUCA